GCACCCGGCGCGGCGUGACAUGCCUUUUUGUUUUUAAUGAUCAAGGGCGCUGCUUAAAAAUGUUCCUCUCGCCGUCCGUCCCACACGGGAGCAGAGGCAGAGGCUGCGCUGCUGGAUCCAGGGCUCAGGAGGUCACAGCUUCAGUUUGCAGAAAAUGGCACAUGGGGAGCGGCCGUCGCUUCGUCUGAUCCACACAGGAUUCCUCCUAGCCGUCGUUUUAUUACCAGAGUUUCUGGGAGCCGUUCCACUGGAGCUGCACAAAGAGGGGGAAGCGUCCGAUGACGUCGAAUCCUCAGUUAACCUGAAGACGCGCAGCCGGAGGAACGUCCAGUUCCUGACGCUGCCCCAGUUCCAACGUGUGCCCGAUUUCUGGGGAUGGUACAAGUACUUCAUGGACAGCAACAACCAGGAGGGAAUUGAGGAUCUGGAUCGUCUGUACAUGGCCUAUCUGCAGAACAAGCACAGGUCAGAGGAAAGUCCCUCCUUCAACCACUACCUCAAGUACCUCAGCGAAGUUUACAAGAACUGCGCUAAUUCCGACGACCCCGACUGCAUCGCCGAGUCCACCAGCAAGCCGAAGGCGGCGGUGGUGAUGCCGGCUCACAUCAGGUCCGCCCCGGUGGCCAUGUGCAACCCCUACCUCGACCCCUACUGCCUCUUCCCGCUGGUGCCCAAGGCUGCGGCACCGGAGCCCGAGCCCGCACCCGCUCCGGCCAACGUGCCCGCUCCCAUCCUCACCCCCGUCCUGCCCGUUCCCCUCAAGAGUCCGACUGGCUUCUACUACUACGCCCCGGUCCUGGAGCCCUUCCUGAGCUCCGAGCAGAGGUCUGAGCUGCUGAGGAUCUGCAACCCCGAGGACGUGGAAUGCCUGCAGUAUCACCUGAGGGCCGCAUAUGGCUACCGCCCUGCCGCCGGCCCUGCGCCGUCAUACGCCGCCCUCAGCUGUGACCCCAACGACCCUUACUGCAGGCCCCUGCUGGUGCAGAAGGCCCCGUCCGGCUUUUACCACCUGCUCUACCCGAACUGCGACCCAGCAGUGGAUCCACUGUGUGUAGCUAACGCCGCUGCUCCCGCGGCCCUCGCUGCUGGCGAGGCCCCGAAGGAGCAAAGCUGCAACCCGCUGUUUGACGCCGGCUGCAACCCCCUGACCGCCACCAGGCUGUCCAGCCUCACCAAGCCUGUCCUGGAGUACGCCCCCAGGGAUGAGCCUGCACCUCCAGCGGCUCCCGCGGCUCCCGCCCCCCUGUCCUGCGGCCCUCAUGACCCCUACUGCAUCCUGGCAGCCGCCGCUGCCCUGAGGAGACCACCUCCACUGAUGCCCGAGCACCAGGUCCGCUACAAGCUCGGCGUCCGUGGCAAGACCAAGGAGGGCUACGACUGCUAUGUGCACUAUGACAAAGGCUGCAGCCCAGUGGCGCCUGAGUCCGAGGCCAAGGCCCACCUCAAGGCUCCGGCCGAGCCCUUCUGCCAUCCGUUUGACCCAAAAUGUGGCAAGUUCGCCCCACGGCCCGGCGCCGCGGCGCCCAAGUCCGCCAAGGAUGGCAUCAUCCUGCCCGACCCCGACUGCGACCCAGAAUACGACUACGACUGCCGCCUGCGUCGCGCCGAGCCCGCUGACGCCCACAAAGCAGCCGCUGACGAUCCCAGCAGGGAGGCCGCCGCCCCCCAGUCGGCAGCGCCGCGCUUUGAAGACUUCCUCAGGGGCGUCAUGAGCAAGUACCAGUAGAUUUCAGAACUUAAUCCACCAGGAUCCACAUCUGAUAAUAAAACGCGUGGGGAAGGUUCAGUUCAUGGACCUCUGGAACCACAAAAUACACCAAAAACACUGCAGCUUUCAAAUAUUGAGCCUGGGUUAAAUAAGUGGCAGCAUUAAGUUAAAGGUAGAUGAAAUGCUUGUUUGUGUAGAAGGGAGCGGUUCAUCUGUAUAGACGCGUAGAGUAGAGCUAGAUGGAACCAAGUCUGUGGCAAGAAUUCCUCUUUUGUAAAUCUUUUUUAUUCUGUAUUUAAUGUUGUUUUCCACAAUCUGCUGUAACGCUAAAUCUCACACAUUCUCUGUUUAGUGUUUUGUGAAGUUCUAAAUAAAACAGGUCGAAACA